CAGCGGUCGCAUAUUGAUGAUGUCACCUAAUGCUGACGCUGGUCUUUGACCGGAAUAUCUACCGUUAGCUAUAGUGCGGUAAUAUAAUCACCCAUUUAUUCAAAAUGAGUACUAUGUUCGCAGACACAAUACUUAUCGUCUUCAUAUCUGUUUGCACUGCGUUGUUGGCUGAAGGUAUAACCUGGGUGUUAGUAUACCGCACAGACAAGUACAAGAGGCUCAAGGCUGAAGUAGAAAAGCAAAGCAAAAAGCUGGAGAAGAAGAAGGAGACAAUUACAGAGUCUGCUGGACGUCAACAGAAGAAAAAGAUAGAGAGGCAGGAGGAGAAGCUCAAGAACAACAAUCGAGACCUGUCAAUGGUCCGAAUGAAGUCCAUGUUCGCCAUUGGUUUCUGCUUUACAGCAUUAAUGGGCAUGUUCAAUUCGAUCUUCGAUGGGCGAGUUGUAGCAAAGCUGCCGUUUGUUCCCCUGUCCUACAUCCAAGGCCUUUCUCACCGCAAUCUUCUGGGUGAAGAUUACACUGACUGUUCUUUCAUCUUCCUCUAUAUCCUGUGCACUAUGUCUAUUAGACAGAACAUCCAGAAGAUGCUGGGUCUGGCUCCAUCUCGUGCUGCCACCAAACAAGCUGGAGGGUUUUUGGGACCCCCUCCACAAGCUGCCAAGUUCUCAUAAACUCAUUAGGCAAUGCUUUGGACAGACUUGAUGCAACCAAAAACAAUCUUGACAAAAGAGAAAACAAUAUUUAAAUGCAGCAGCUAUCAAUGCCUGUUUUGACCUCACUGUAUAUAUUUUUUCCAUGUUUAGAUUUGACCUAAUGAUUUUACUCAAGCUCUGCAUAACUAAAAUGGUUCAACACUGGCAAAUACAUUUUCUUUACUUUAAGCUGUGUUGGAUAAUUAAUCACAUUUUCCCCCUACAUACAGUUUGAAAGUAGACCAGCUAAACAUAGACGGUAUCAUAAAGGAAAAACUGGGUCACCUGCUCUUAGCAAAAGCAGGGAAAUAGAUCAUGCUUUUAAAAUACUUUGAUAUUAGUUAUUUUAUAAAGAUCUUCUUUAUAGGAAAUUUGAGACAUACUGACCAGAGACUCUUCAAAUGUGAAUGAUAAUUGUGCUGUAUCAGAUUAGAACAGUAUUAGAAAUAAUUGUUUCUUCUAAAAGUCGACAUUUUAAAUGCCAUGUACAGUUUUCUAAAAUACUUAAAAAUAAUUUAAAGACUGUUGAAAGCAGCCUCCUUGCUUUUAAAAGAAGCCCACUAGCUCAGUGUUGGACCCCACAGACUAUCCAUAUUGUUCCGUUUUCUUGCCUCCCAACACCUGUAGCAGAUAUUGUCUGUUCUUCAUGGUUCAUUUUAGGCAUGAGGUCCCCAAGGACCAGUUUGGGGAACACUGUACUAGUUGAUCCCAUAGGCUUUGAUUUACAUUAUUUCAAUCUGCAUGCUACAGAUAAGAAGGAGUACUCACCUGGGUAAAUAGAAUAAAAAUCACCAAAUGUUCUUUUCAUUUUAAUUUGAGUACUUUGGUUAUGUAAUUCUAAUUCUUAUUUCUAUGGGUCACUACAUAACUGCACUACAUAAUGAUCAGAAUGUAAGUAUGGUCUUUUAUUAGAGUUUCUAGAUUAGUGACCUGACAAACUACUAUAUGUUCUCCAGUUUCUUUUUUAUUUUAAAUAUAAGACUAAUUCUUGGUUAGGACUUUAUUUAUGCAUACCUGUGAAUGUGUUGACUAGAAUAAGAGAGUAAGCUGUAUGGAUUAUAUUGCUGUAAGUUCACUUUUCUAAUUGUUUUAUGGUGCUUACACUUGGUGAAUAAAGUGGUAUAGGUAUCUCA